GGCGGGGCGGGGCGGGGCGGGGCGGCGGGCGCUGUGCGCGGUCCUUCGGGCAGCAGGGGGCGCUGUGCGCGGGGAGCACGUGGCCGCCGGCGUCCGCGGCCCGUCUGUCCGUCUGUCCGUCGGCCCGUCUGUCCGUCUGUCCGCCUGUCCGCCUGCCGGUCCCUCAGUCCGUCCGCCCCAGCCGCCGGCUCCGGACGCGGCCAGCAUGGCCUCCGCGGCCCCAGGUUCGGAUAACAGACCCCCGAGCCUCGCCCCGUCGCCCCCGCCGCCCCCGCCGGCCGAGAGCUCCUACCUCUACUCCACGGAGAUCACCCUGUGGACGGUGGUGGCCGCCAUCCAGGCCCUGGAGAAGAAGGUGGACUCCUGCCUGGCCCGGCUGCUCAGCCUGGAGGGCCGCACGGGCAUGGCGGAGAAGAAGCUGGCCGACUGCGAGAAGACGGCCGUGGACCUGGGGCAGCAGCUGGAGGGCAAGUGGGCCGUGCUGGGCACCCUGCUGCAGGAGUACGGGCUGCUGCAGCGGCGCCUGGAGAACAUGGAGAACCUGCUCCGCAACAGGAACUUCUGGGUCCUGCGGCUGCCCCCCGGCAGCAAGGGCGAGGCCCCCAAGGUGCCCGUGACCUUCGAUGACGUGGCCGUGUAUUUCUCCGAGCAGGAGUGGGGCAAACUGGACGAGGGGCAGAAGGAGCUGUACAAGCACGUGAUGCGCGGCAACUACGAGACGCUGGUGUCCCUGGAUUAUGCCAUCUCUAAGCCCGACCUGCUUGCCCGCAUAGAGAGGGGAGAGGAGCCCUGCAGCCAGGAGGACAGCCUGGAGGAGGUGGCCGAACCGAGGCAGUCCGGCGCUGGACCCAGUCCCAUCAGCCCUGCUCAGGUGGACCCCAAAGCCAGACCGGAGAAGGCCCCGGAAGUUAGAGUCACCUCCCCUGCACCCAGCACUGAAGCCCGUUUGGAGCCUGUCCUGACGGGGUGCCCUUCCUCGGCACCUGCAGCCGGCGCCCCCAUGCCGCUGCCCUGGGUCAAGCAGGAGCAGGAGGAAGACGCCUCAUCCCUUUCCUCCUCCUCCUCCUCCUCCUCCUCCUCCUCCUCCUCCUCCUCCCGACAGCUACCAACCUCAUCACCCAGGGCAGCCAGGCUGGGCCAGCGGCCAGGUGGCAGUGCUGUGCUCAUCAAGAUGGAGGAGGUGAGGCCUUCGAGCCCGAGCCAGCCCAGCACCCCCCGAGGGCUCAGGAGCAGGACGGUGCCUCCCAGACCGAGCCAGCCCAGCACCCCCCGAGGGUCAGGGUCGGGGAGCAGCCCGAGGCCCCCCAGCCUGAGGCAGCCCAGCACGCCCGGGAGCAGCACGGGGGCUGGAGCAGCACCGCCGCCGGGAGCGACCCUGUCCCCGGGGACCCCCCCGGAGCCGGCCCGGGUGCUGCCCCGCCAGCGCCAGCGGGAGCAGGCCUUCCCCUGCCCGGACUGCGGCCAGAGCUUCCGCCUCAAGAUCAGCCUGACCAUCCACCAGCGCGCACACUCUGCGCAGCCCCGGCCGGCCCUGGAGCCCCUGGAGCCCGGGGAGGUGGUGGCGCGGGGCCCGGUGAUCCACUGGCUGGCCGGGGGCUCCGGGGGCUCCGGGGGGUGCGGGGGCCGGCGCUCCAGGGUGUUCCACUGCAACCAGUGCCUGCGCUUCUUCCCGCAGCGCAAGAGCCUGUUGCUGCACCAGCGGCUGCACACGGGCUCCGGCGCCUGCCCGGCCUGCACCUACUGCGGCAAGGCCUUCCGCCGGCCCUCCGACCUCUUCCGCCACCAGCGCACCCACACGGGCGAGCGCCCCUACCGCUGCGGGCAGUGCGACCGCACCUUCAAGCGCAGCCACGACCUGGCGGUGCACAUGGACGUGCACGCGCGCGCCCCCGGGGGCCCCCACCGGGAGGAGGGCUGAACCUGGGGGCUGCGGGGGGCGGCUCUCCAAGCACCCCCUGGCACCCGAGGCCUGCUCUGGGGGCCGCAGGGAGGAGGGCUGGGCCUGGGCUCGGGGUCUGCCAAGCGUCCCCUAACCCACCAGGUCUGGAGGGGGGAGGGGGGCUGGGCCUGGGGCUUGCAGGGUGCCUCUCGGAGGCCCCUAGCCCCCCAGGCCUGCUCGCCGUCACAGGGAGGAGGGCUGAGCCUCUGGUAUGCGGCGGACAACCCGGCAGGCCUCCAAGCCCCUCCCUGCUGAGGAGCCCUCCUCUGGCUCUCCUGGGCCUCCCUCUAAUUCUGGGCACCCCUCCCUACCCGCCAGAACCUCAACCUCAGGCCUUUCCCCUGCAGCCUAAAGCUGUUCCUUCUUCACCCGGGCAAUGUCGGAGAUUUUUUUUUUUUCUUCAACCACCAGGAGGCAGUGGCACUGUGGUGUUCUCAGUUUUUUGUUUUGUUUUUGCUGUCACUUCUACAUUCCUGACUCCCUGGGGCUCGCUCUUGUAGGUGUAGGGAGGGCCAACUUGGGGGGUGUGGGGGCGGGAGGUGUGACAGGUCUGCUGGCAGCAGAUGUAAUGACAGGACCCCGCUGGCCUGCGCAAGAAGCAGAGGCCACCUGCUUUAUUUUUUGGGGGGGAGAUGGACAUUUUCCAAUUUCCAAGUGCACUCAAAAGUGCCACAGUUGCUAUGCGGACGGAUUUUUUAAAAAGUCCUUCCCAGCUCUGCUUUCCCUUCUGACAAUAGAUCUUUCCACCCUGAUUCAGAGUGUGUGUGUGUGUGUGUGUGUGUGUGUGUGAGAGAGAGAGAGAGAGAGUGGCGCAGAGGUUUGGUGCAGUGAGCGGACUUCCCCCAUGGGCUGCACCUCCUUGCCUCCCAGCUCUCUGGAUUUUUUUUUUUUUUGGGGGGGGGAGACGUUCUUGACCAAAGCAGUGAGGUUUGAAGAUGAGAGUUCAGGCAAUACGGUAUGAGGCCUCCAGGGGACGUCUUGGCCACAGCUGGCUCUCCCUGCCUAAAUUAUCCCCCUGAGGCUACCCCGAAACUACGGGGCUGGGAGGACCUCAGCUGUUUUGACUGUUGCCUCAUUUGCCUCACACCAUGGGGAGCGGCCUGUCCCCUGGCUGUACCACCUCCUGCUCCUUUCCCACCCCCGCGUGUCCCCCCAAAGUAACGAGCUGGUGGGGUGAGGGGACCAGCCAGUGACAGCGGGGCCAGGAUCCCCUGGGCGUGCUUAGCAGUGUCCCCCCCCCCCAUCCAGCCCUAGGUUCUGCUUGUCUGCCCUGGCUCAGGUGCAGGGAGAGCCGGCAAGGGACUCUCUGGGGGCGUCCCCGGCCCGGGUCCUCACGGUAAACGCCCAGUGUAAAUACAGGCGCCCCCCACGGAAGCGCGAGACCCCGAGUCAUGGCAAGGCACCGGCGCACCCUCUCCUUGCCAAGCGUUCGCCGCGCGGUGCUGAGUAUGCUGGUAUGACCUGGGACGGUCGCGCCCUUCUUGGUGCUCAAUAAAGACGUUGGAAUCCUUG